AUGGAGAAGCCGCAUGGCGGAGAAGCACCACAGCGAUGCCCCACCACCUUCGUCCAGACCGACGCCGCCACCUUCAAGGAGCUCGUCCAGCGGCUCACCGGCCCGCAAGAGCAGCCGCCCGACGCUGCCCCCUUCGCCCCCGCCAAGGUGGCAGGCCUCAAGCGGCUCCAUGAACGUAGGCGUGGCUCCCGGCUCAAGCUCCCCGUGAUGAAGCCCGCCGUCGGUCCAGCGGUGCUGUCGCCUUCCUUGAUGACCGCGCUGGUGUCGCCCUCUACUGGCUUCGCCGGGCUUGGCAUAUGCGACGAGCUGAACGAGGAGGAGGAGGAGAAGGCCAUCAAGGAGAGGCGGUUCUACUUGCACCCUUCGCCCCGGUCAAGAUCGCAGAACGCCGAGCCGGAGCUGCUGCCUUUGUUUCCACUGACCUCUCCGAAGCCUCACGAUCAUUGACAGCUGCUGCCGACCAGUAAUCAUCACUGUAAACAGCUUCUUUGGAUGAGACUGCAUGCGGUCUCCAUUCCUGCACUGAACCGAGGGGGA